AUGGGGCAGGUUCUGGAGGUCGCCAAGGGACAGGGUGGCAUCUCCCAGUGUGUGCCACACGUCACACCUGUGCACGCCCGCGCCUCCGGGUCCCCAGAGGUGGCCGCCAGUCCAGCUGCCCGCUCGCCCCCGGACCACCAUCCCUGCUGCUCUGGGGCGGGGAGCAGCUCUGUCACGGUCACUCGGAGCUGUCCAGGCGACCCCUUCCCCGGCCUCCGCGGGAGCCAAGGGCCGGGGACGUCCCCGUGGCCAGCCCGCGGCUCUGCCCCCGGCGCUCCCUCCGCCCCUGUGCCGUGCUGCGGGUGCCGGCGGGGACGGCGACGCUGGCAGGGACACGGACCCCGGAGAGGACACGGCCACGGACACCAGCGGCACACGGACACUGACGGGGACGCGGACAGCGUGAACAUCCUGACUGCCGUGGCCCUGUCCCGCCUGGCCACCAGGACCAAGAAGUCAUCGUACUGGUACCUGCUGGCCCUGACCACCUCCGACAUCCUCACCCAAGUCUUCAUCAUCUUCGUGGGCUUCAUCCUGCAGACAGCCAUCCUGGCACGGGCAGUGCCCAGCGCCUUCAUCCACACCGUCACCGUGCUGGAGUUCACGGCCAACCACGCGUCCACCUGGGUCACCGUGCUGCUGACCGUGGACCGCUACGUGGCCCUGUGCCACCCGCUGCGCUACCGCGCCGUGUCCUACCCGCGGCGCACCCGCAGGAUCAUCGCGGCCGUCUUCGCCGCGGCGCUGGCCACCGGCAUCCCCUUCUACUGGUGGCUGGACAUGUGGCGUGACGCCGACCCCCCCACGGCGCUGGACACGGCGCUCAAGUGGCUGCACUGCGUCACCAUCUACUUCCUGCCCUGCAGCAUCUUCCUGGCCACCAACUCCAUCAUCAUCCGCAAGCUGAAGCGGCGGAGGCGCGCGGGGGGCGGCAGGACCACGGCCCUCCUGCUGGCCGUCACCACCGUCUUCGUCGUGCUCUGGGCUCCCCGGACCAUCGUCACCAUGUGCCACCUCUACGUGGCCUCGGUCAGGAGGGACUGGCGCGUGCACCUGGCCUUGGACAUCGCCAACAUGGUGGCCAUGCUCAACACCUCCCUCAAUUUUUUCCUCUACUGCUUCGUCAGCCAGACCUUCCGCCGCACGGUGGGCGAGGUGCUGCGGGGCCAUCCCCGGCCGGUCCCCCGCCGUGGCAGAGGUCACUUCCCACCCCCGGCCCUGAAAGCGCUGAAGCUGCUGGGCAGCACCGCGCUCUGA